CUGGACAGUUAAUCAUCACCUCUGCACGACUACUGCCAGGAAAUCAGAUUGCAUUCCACAUGCAGAGAGAUGAGAACUUUGUUACUGUGCAAACAACUACAAGAAUAAGCAAGCAAGAUACAAGUCUACAAGAUGAGAUGCAGUACACUUUCUACAAUUUUAUGUAUUUUGUUGGUGCUCCAGCAGCUGGUGUCUGGACAGCAGUGUGGUACAGUCAGUCGUGUAGGUAGGAUGAGAACUGAUAACAGGAAUAGAGCGCGAAAUCAGUUCUUCAUUGAUCGUGGUAAUCGUGCUGGGUGUGCUGGGAUGAUCACCUCACUCUCUUACUGUUUCCAUCGACCACCAUUGACUGCUCCAGUUGCUAACGAAUACCUGACUACAGUUGCUGUGUACAGACCAGCGAGCACCAAUGCAAAUGAGGAAGUAUUUACUGUUGUUUCUUCACCAAUCACAAUACUAAAAUCAGCAACAGACCUUGAAGCUGAAUUAAACGCUGCUACUAAUACAAACUUUGCCUUUGCCUGCUCUGUAUUUAACCUACCACAACCAGUGCCCAUGGUGACUGGUGAUGUUCUUGGAGCGUGUGUGUUUGACCCUGAUGACACUACAAGUGGUGUCACUAUCUAUCGUCUUGAUAUAGUCAGUAGAGCUGAUCCCAAUACUGAAGACGUUGUGAGAACUUUUACACACCCCAGUAUCCCUGCCGGCUGCAGUGCUACUACUGUGCCAGGUUCCUUUGAUGGAGGUGCAUCUGAGAAUAGUACUAGUGCUCGCAGAUCUCUUCACAUCUGGGCAAACAUAGAAGAGGAAGCAACUAUGGGGGUGACUACCAUGGACUCAACUACAAUGGAAGCUACACCUUCCACAACUACACCUGAACUGACUGCAGACACCACCACUCCCACCACCACUCCCGAAGACGGCACAACUGACAUGACCACAGCAAGUGGUCCACUGAUGACUGAUGGGGACUCUACCACUGCAACCACAAACCGAGGGACGAGCAACCCUGAUGCCACCACUGCACAAUCCAUUGGUGGUGGGGGAGGUGGUUCCAACGUAGCCAUUGCUGUGAUAGUUGUGCUCAUUAUUGUGGUCAGUCUAGCUACCAUCGUGGUGACAGUCAUUGUUCUGGUAUCAAAGAGACUGAAAAAGGAAAAGGUCAAGAAAUCAUACGCAAUGACCAACAACUCAGUAGACUACCAGUUGUACUCGGCAGUGGCUAAUGCUGAAAGCUUAGAGAGAGCUAAACGGGAACAGCCACAGCCACAGCAGCAAGGCAGUCAGUGGCCCACACAGUCCCAGGAGCAUGUGUAUGAGUUUGAGGGCGCAUACAGUCCUACCCGCUCAAUGGAGUCCAACACCUAUGCUGAAGUUGGGCCCUUUGGUGCAGUGAAUGGUUGUGAGAUUGUGUACGAGUCUCCACUGGAUGCCCCAGCUAUCAGCUACAAUAAACUGUUGGAAAAGAACAAGAAAGAGGACAUUUAUGUUGGAGAAAAUCCGUACGAAACACCAGCAUCUAGAGAGAACGAUAUCUAUGCUCAGUUGCAGACCUGGAGGGUGACACACUUGAACAGAGAAGACAUUAAGAUUGCUGGUCACCUUGGGUCUGGUCAGUUUGGCAGUGUGGAGCAAGGAGUGUGGAAGAGACAGGGAACUCAACCAGUGGACGUAGCACUCAAGAGUCUCACCAAAACAUCAGAGGAGAACAAAAUCAAGUUCCUCCAAGAAGCCGCCAUCAUGGCUCAGUUCAGACACCCUAACGUUAUCAUGCUGCAUGGAGUAGUCACCAGUGGAGACCCUAUGAUGCUUGUGGUAGAAAUGGCGCAGAAAGGUGAUUUGCGACAAUUUCUCUUAUCUCUUCGACCUGACCCGGGACAGUUGAUGCCUAGCAACACUUUUUCAAUGUUACUGAAGUUCUCUCAACAAGUUGCUUUUGGGAUGCAGUACCUCUCAGCUAAAGGAUUUGUGCACAGAGACCUGGCUGCUAGGAAUGUGCUAGUGACAACAAAUAACAUGUGCAAGGUUGCUGAUUUCGGAAUGUCCCGAGAUCUUGCUGAUGAGAACUACUAUGUCUCACAAGGAACGGACAAGAUCCCCGUCAAGUGGACAGCCCCUGAGGCCAUUCACUACAAAAAGUACUCGACUACCAGUGAUGUGUGGGCCUACGGGUGUCUGCUCUAUGAGAUAUGGAGCAUUGGGCACAAGCCGUUUGAGGGAACAUCUAAUCAAGAGAUAUACGUACAGGCUAUUAAUGCUAUUCGACUCAUUGAUUCGGGCAAGCGUCUCUCUCCACCCCCUGGCUGCCCUAAGAUGAUCUACGAGCUCAUGAUACUAUGCUGGCAUCCUGAGAGCUCCCAACGUCUUGUAUUUUGUGAUAUUGUGUUGACACUGGUUGGAAAUAAAGAGAGAGUUUUGAACAUUCCCGAGGAGGACUCCUCCACUAACCCACUGGCUGGAGUAUUGGGAGCUUCACUGGAGGCCGGGGAGAACAUCUCAAUGUUGAUCAAGUUGCUCCAUUAUGUAUCUGGUCAGUGUGAUGUUGGUGCGACUGUAUUUACUGAAACAAAUGCAAGGACAAACAACGCAUUUUACCUGAACUCUGCGAGACCAGUGAGCUGUAAUGGAACCAUCAAUUCCUUCUCCUAUUGCUAUUACAGGCCAUCACGACGACAAUUUGAUGUCUACGUAGCUACAUUUGCUGUGUAUCGACUGAAUUUUCGGGGAACUAUGUAUAAUCCUGUGUCGGAGGUAUUUCAAGCCAGACAGACUCAAGAAGAAAUCAGUGAGAUUGAAUUUGCUUGCUCCACUGUCACGCUUAAACAACGAGUGUCCGUGGAGACUGGUGAUGUAUUUGGAGCUUGUGUUGUUAAUCCCUCUGACAGGAAUAUGUUUCGACUCGAUCUAGUUGGAAGAGGAACAGACAGACUACGAAGGAUAUCACAGCCAUCUCGCUCUCAAUGUAGCGAAACUGCAGUACCUACUAGUGUAUCAGUAUCUGGUAAUACAGUAACUGGAACUCUUUACAUUAAUGCAAUGGUGGUGUCGAAUGAUAUUUCUGAACCAGCAACAACUACAGAUGAGGUAGCGAUAACUACUAAUUCUCCUACCAUGACAACAGAUGAAGCAAUUCGAACUAGUGCAACUGAUACCACAGAUAGUAUGCCUGCUCCAAACUCUCCUAGCAGUGCAGCUGGCCCAACAGCUGCUGCCGUGGUGGUAGUUUUGCUUAUUCUAGCUGGUUUGAUUGCAACUUUUACUGUGAUUGUGAUUGUAUGGAAAGGCAAACAAAAACGGAACAGGCCUACGAGCUCAUACACGGUCUCCACACAUCCUCGUCAAGAUGUAGCACUUGGUAUUGAUAACAUGGUGUAUGCUGUUGAUGGUGGGAAGGAGUCAGCAAACAAUAGGAAAGAAAGUGAAGACUACUACGAGGUGUCUCAGGAGCAUUUUUACGAGCUAACUGAGAGUAACAAGAUGAUGGAGUUAAGUAGCAGCUACUAUGCUGAGAUUGGACCGUUCAAUGAAGUGGUCAAUGAAAAUGUGUAUGAGUCACCACUGGAUGCUAAAUCAAUCAGUUUUGUCAAACUCAUGGAAAAGAAUAAACUAGAAGAUAUCUACGGAUACGAGAAUCCAUAUGAAGUGCCAGCUGAAAGUGAAGAUCACAUAUAUGAGCAAUUUAGCAGCUGGGGAAUCACCACUAUAACAUCUGGAGAUGUAAAGAUUGCUGGUCACCUUGGGUCUGGUCAGUUUGGCAAUGUGGAGCAAGGAGUGUGGAAGAGACAGGGAACUCAACCAGUGGAUGUGGCACUCAAGAGUCUCACCAAAACAUCAGAGGAGGACAAAGUCAAGUUCCUCCAAGAAGCCGCCAUCAUGGCUCAGUUCAGACACCCUAAUAUCAUCAUGCUCCAUGGAGUAAUCAGUGAACAACACCCUAUAAGACUAGUCGUUGAGUUGGCUAAAAGAGGUGAUCUUCGUAACCUCCUACGGUCUCUAAGGCCUGAUCCUGGCCAGCUUCUUCCUGGGAGUACUUCAUCAAUGUUACUGAAGUUCUCUCAACAAGUGGCUCUUGGGAUGCAGUACCUCUCAGCUAAAGGAUUUGUGCACAGAGACCUGGCUGCUAGGAAUGUGCUAGUUACUCAAAACAACAUGUGCAAGGUUGCUGAUUUUGGAAUGUCCCGAGAUCUCAAUGAUGAGAACUACUACGUCUCACAAGCAAGAGGCAUGAUCCCCGUCAAGUGGACAGCCCCUGAGGCCCUUCACUACAAAAAGUACUCGACUGCCAGUGAUGUGUGGGCCUACGGGUGUCUGCUCUAUGAGAUAUGGAGUCUGGGACACAAGCCGUUUGAAAAUUUUGAAAACCUUGAGACUAUUCAAUUGGUGGACUCUGGUCAACGUCUAUCUCCACCUCCUGGCUGCUCAAAAAUAAUCUACCAGCUUAUGAUGCAUUGCUGGCAUUCUGAGAGUUCCCAACGUCCUGGUUUUCGUGACAUUGUGCUGAUGCUGGUUGGCAGUGAGAAGAUGGUCCUGAGCAUUCCCGAGGAGGACUCCUCCACUAACCCACUGGCUGGAGUAUUGGGAGCUCCACUGGAGGCCGGGAAGAACAUGUACUCUCAGCUGCAGAACAGAUACAGUAGAAGUGUAUUAACUGUUUAAUUUUUAUUGUGCACCAAACUUCACACCAGCUCCACCGAUCAUUACCCACUCUUUGAGUUUCCCUAUGCCCUGUGAUUCUGGAUUCAUGCAGCAAAAUUAAUCAUGAUACAUUUGUAAUUAUGUGUAUAAAAGCUAGCUUUAUGUUAUGUAGCUUUGGCACCUCCACCGAGGCAUCAGCACCCGCGGUGCUUUCAUUAGUUUAAGAGCUAGACUAUAUCUAUCUAUGUAGUCUUGUAGAUCUAUCUUAGACUACUUGUAAGAUGAGUAAGUCAUCAGGUCUUGCUCAGUGGACAGUAAUCAUCUGCUUUUAUAUAGCCCUUGAGGUGCUCACAAUCCAUGGGCAAAGUUGUCUUGUUGGAACUGAUUCUUCUACUGAGUUUGCAGUCAACAGAGAACAUAGUUUCUACCUCGACACUCAAGAUCCAGCUCAAUGUGAUGGGACAAUAACUGAGUUUAAUUUCUGCUACUAGAUCUAUCGCCCAACUCAAUUUGCUGCAUCGUAUGACUUCACCUUCGCUGUGUUCAGAAGAAGCAGCUCAGAAUAUAUAAGUGUAUCAGAAGCAUUCAUUACAGGCAGAACUGUUGCUAAUUCUAACUUUGGCACUGGUGGCACAUUUGCCUGUAGAAUUGUUUCGGUAAAUGAUAUUCCAGUGCAGGCUGGCGAUGUGAUUGGUGUUUGCAUUUAUGACCCUCCAGACAAUGCUGAAUCUGUCAGAAUAUUUGGGAAUGAUUAUACUAACAGACUACCAAUAGACAUGGUUAGCCAAAAUGCAGGAGAAGAUCGUUUUCUUAUGUCCACCAGUAACACUGGCUGUGGAGACAUGUUCGUCCCAAACCCAGUAGCAGUUAGUUCUCUUAAUAGAGCAAACCAGAGAGUUCUACACAUCCAUGCCGACAUAACUCCCCUUUCAACAACUGAACCUCCAACCAACCCCACGACUAUGGGCACAACACCACCCUCCUCGACAGAUCCUCCCAUAGUUACUGACGGUAUGACAGAGACUGAAAGUUUAACAGGCACAAUAGAAACUACUCUCUCAAAUGAGGUGCCACUAACAAACUCUCCCACAACUAUAGUACAGGAAAUGAUUCAAUCACCAUGGCCCCUUUGGCCCCAGCCAAGAAUACCGGAGUUGUAGCGGGUGUGGUGGUGCCAUUGCUAGUAAUAGUAAUCGUGGCAGUGGUGACUUUGGUAUAGUUGGUGUUUUUCUGGUGAAGCGAGGACGAUCCCAAAAGGAGAUAGCAGAGAGCAAUGUUGGUGGGAAGACUAUACUGGAAUCAACAAUGUGAUGGAAAGAAGCCGCCACUCCAUCAGUCUAAAGUCCAACGAGGCUUACGGUGUUCACGGCGAGACUCAAGACACUCUCACAGACUACUACGAUAAUGUUCUUAUGGAAUCGACUGCAGAGGGGCCUCUCUAUGAUAGUGUCACAGAAUCUGGAGAAGGUAAAGAUGUGAUAAGAGGAUACGCCAAUGAAUAAUUAGGUGCGAUGUGCACAUAAAUGUUCACUAGCAAUAAUAAUUAUUGUCUGACAAUGCAUGAAGCAUUGAUGUAUCGAAUAGCGUAAUGUUUCAAGGCGCUUAAUUUUUGCUGUUUUCGAGGGUUAGCAAAUCCUCCACAAAAAUAGUUCCACAACACAACUAACAGCGGACACAACGUGCAUUGACAUCCAAGAAGUACACAAUUUAUUAAGCAGUUCAACGAAAAUUAAUUGCCUUGAAAUAUUCGCACUAUAUGCACAAUUGCUUUUAUGGCGUGCAUUGUUAAUGCAGAACAAUUAUCAACAACUCCCACUCAACAGCCAAUGAUUUAAACCCUGAUGUGACUUAUGAGGAACCUACACACUACUGUGAGGAGCCGAUACCUUUGGAAAAUAAUGAAGCUUACAGUGUACACAAAUCUGGAAAUGAAAGAAGUGACAGCAAUGCCAGGUGAAACAUCCUCACAAGAUGUUGACCUGCUGAAGUCCAACGAAACGUAUGGUGUGAGAGGGGAGGUGCAAGUUGCUGCCAUUAAUGGGACCACAGUAGUGUGUAGGUUCCUCAUAAGUCACAUCAGGGUUUAAAUCAUAGGCUGUUGAGUGGGAGUUGUUGAUAAUUGUACUGCAAUAACAAUGCACGAAGCGUAUGGUGUGAGAGGGGAGAUGCAAGUUGCUGCCAUUAAUGGGACCACUGAUGCAGUGUGCUAUAGUGUUAUUGACUCGCCUGGUCAGAAAUCUGGAGAAGCAGCCAGUGAAACGGAAAUUCGGAUGGACAGUAAUGAGGCAUAUCGCACAUCUGAGAGAGAUAGACAAACUGAAGAUUAUGAUUACGCUAUCCUGUAAACUGAUCAUGAAUCACUAGCUUGUGUAUGUCUGAUUGUUGUAAUAUUAUAGUGCAACUGGUAGUUUUAAGAACCAGUGCUUCUUGCUUUUAGCUGCAGGCCGGAGACGAUGUCCAUGCAUGUAGAAUUCAAUAUUAGCACAUGCAUGUAGAGUAGAUAAACAUUAGCGUAAUCAGAUUUUGUUUGUUUUUUGUGUACUAUAUUUUGGCAGAUUUGUAAACAGAGAAGAGUUUGAAAACGCUGAAGUUUAUCUACCUCUUUUUUAGUAACUUCAAGCCUGGGCAGUUAAUGCCUAUCAAUGCUGAAGUUUUAUUAACAAUGGCUUUUGGGAUGCAUGCAGUACCUACCUCUCAGCUGCACAGAGACAUGGCUGCUAGGAAUGUGCUAGUGACAACAAAUAGACAUGCAAGAAUGUCCUGAGAUCUUGCUGACGAGAAUUACUAUAUACGUCUACCCAACUGCCAGUGAUGAGUGGGCUUUACUGGUGUCUGCUAUGGAGUCUAGGACACAAGCCAUUGAAAACCUUGAGUUUGAAUUUACAUGUAUUAGAUGUAUUAUUCUACUAUAUAUUAACAAAGUGACACCUUUUAUUCUUUUACUAUUGAUUGGUAGACUCUGGUCGACAUCUAUCUCCCUCUGGCUGCUCAAAAGUAAUUUACCAGUUUAUGAUGCAUUACUGGCAUUCUGAGAGGAGCUCCCAACGUCCUGGUUUUGUGACAUUGAUUGUGUUGAUGCUGGUUGGCAGCCAGCGAGGAAAUGCGGGUCCUCCACUAACCCACUGGCUGGAGAAAUCUAUUGGGAGCUCCACUGGAGGCCGGGAAUAACAUGGACUCUCAGCUGCAGAACAGAUAGUUUAUAUAGUAAAAGUGUAUAAACUGUUAAUUUAAUUUGUUACCAAACUUCGCUUUUGCUAAUAAAAAAU